AUGCGUGCUGACCGAGGUUACCCUUUUGCCGGGGUUUCCCCUAAAUCGGCCAGUGGCUGCAGCACCUUUUCUAUUACUGGCGCUAUGCCAGGUAUAAUGGAACAGCCACAUAAGACUGUCCAGUAUAGAGUUGGAAAUGCAAAUCUGCAGCUUAACCUCAGUGCUGUGGCUAGAGUUUAUCCUCAAAGGUCUGCCAAAAUGUCUGAAAGAUCAGAUCUCCUUCACUUCAAGUUUGAAAAUUAUGGAGAUUCAAUGUUACAAAAAAUGAACAAAUUAAGAGAAGAGAAUAAAUUUUGUGAUGUUACAGUUCUCAUAGAUGAUAUUGAGGUACAGGGGCAUAAAAUUGUGUUUGCUGCAGGUUCCCCCUUCCUAAGAGACCAGUUUUUACUGAAUGAUUCCAGAGAGGUGAAAAUCUCCAUAUUGCAGAGUUCCGAAGUGGGGAGACAAUUGCUCUUAUCCUGUUAUAGUGGUGUGCUGGAAUUCCCUGAGAUGGAACUGGUCAAUUAUUUGACUGCUGCAAGUUUUCUUCAGAUGAGCCACAUUGUAGAACGGUGCACACAGGCCUUGUGGAAGUUUAUAAAGCCAAAACAACCAAUGGAUAGUAAAGAGGGAUGUGAACCGCAGAGUGCUUCUCCCCAGUCAAAAGAACAGCAGGGAGAUGCCAGAGGCUCCCCAAAGCAGGAUUCACCUUGUAUUCAUCCAUCUGAAGACAGUAUGGAUAUGGAGGACAGUGAUAUUCAGAUUGUUAAGGUAGAAUCUAUUGGGGAUGUAUCCGAGGUUAGAAGUAAAAAAGAUCAGAACCAGUUUAUUUCUUCUGAACCCACUGCUUUACAUUCAUCAGAGCCCCAGCAUUCCCUGAUAAAUUCAACUGUGGAAAACAGAGUAAGUGAAAUAGAACAAAACCAUCUCCACAAUUAUGCCCUCUCUUACGCAGGCAGUGAUAAUAUCAUCAUGGCCUCAAAAGAUGUCUUUGGGCCUAAUAUUCGAGGUGUAGACAAAGGCUUACAGUGGCAUCACCAGUGCCCAAAGUGUACCAGGGUGUUUCGUCACCUGGAGAACUACGCCAACCAUUUAAAAAUGCACAAACUCUUUAUGUGUCUACUCUGCGGCAAGACUUUUACUCAGAAAGGCAACCUUCAUCGACACAUGCGUGUGCAUGCCGGCAUUAAACCUUUCCAGUCCAGUUUUGAGGAAACAUCUUAA